ACGAUCCUGCCGCUGUCGAGCGAAUGCGAUUUAUGAAUUAACCACACCUUGUUUCGCGACUUGUCUAGGUCAGGAUCACAACCGUUGAUCAUGAGAAGGUGGCAACGGCCGCCGUCUCCCGCAGGCAACGAUUAUAGAUACACAGUCAUACAAGCUAUAUGCUUUGGGCUCCGCAGAGGCUAUGCUAUCUGUUUUCUCCUAGACGUUGCGCUGCUUGCGCUGAAGAGAGAUAUUCCCAGCUGCUCAUGCCAGCCCUGGAAUCCAUUAUUUGCUCAAGCAGGUGUUAUCUCUCAGUCCGCCUAUCGACAUGUCCGGCCUUGUAUAUUACGGUUCCUGGAUCAAUUGGAGUCGUGGAAAAUAUGGCGGGGCAACGAUAACUCUCACACCGCGCAACGCCGGCAUCCUCGUCGCUUUCCUGGCCAUCUUCGUUUCGGUCGCUGGUGGCAGUCUUUGGAGGAUUAUCGCAUUCUUUCUUCAUCAACGACGAGUCGCGAAGGACCCUAGGGAUGGACUUCACUAUCAGCAACAGGUCAUUUUGAGAAACGCAGCGACACCGGGCGUCGCUUCGUGGCAGCUACUUUGGCUUGUCCCUUCCUGGCGGACGAUAUCACGACGGCCUCUCUGGAAAUCUCUCCCAGUGGUCCUCCUUGCUGUCCUGAACCUGUUGGCAUUCUUCACUGCAGGUGUUCUCGUUGCUGAAGUUACGCGGACCGCCGGAACGGAGGUCCUUGUGCGCAGUGCAAACUGCGGUAAUUGGACGAUAGAUGACACGAGAUUGGUUUACGGCUUCACAACAAAAACCCAGAACGAUACAGUCAGUGCAGCGACAUACGCACGGGCUUGCUAUGGAGGACCCACCGACGCUCUCGAGUGCAAUCAGUAUAAGGUGAAGGCCUUGCCAUACUCGAUCAGCGAGACGGAACCGUGUCCUUUCGACAAGGAUUUGUGUCUGAAAAAGUUCCCGGUCUUGUCAUUUGACACUGGCAAUUUGUCGUCGCACGAUCACCUCGGCAUCAACACACAACCGAAAGAUCGCAUAUUUUACAGAAGGAAGACAACUUGUGCACCUAUCAUGGACAAGGGCUACGUCACUGCUUAUAAUUACACUGAUGCCGUCAAUGCAUCCCUUGGUGAAUUCCUUGGUAGUGAUGGAGAUGUUCUGGAUUUCUACGAUUUUGGUGGUACUGUACACCUCGACGGUAGCAAAGCCAACAACUUUACUUUCGCGUACAAUCGCCGCAUGGCCGCUAUUGGCACUGGCUACGGUUUAUCUGCUAUCGAUUAUAGUAAUGGUUCUCAAAAUCUUUGGCAGCCGGACAAAGUCCUCCGUCGCGAUGACGGAGAUUUGUCGCUGAUGUUCCUCAUGGCAAACGAUAUCCUCUACUAUGGUAUGGUCGAGGACCCCAUCUUUCAGGCAUCGAUAGAAAUAAAGACGAUCCUUGACGCCGGUCAGAAUGUAACGCUGUACUCGUCCGACUACUUCGUGAACCCUUUGGCAUGCAUGGACCAGCACCAGUUCUGCAACCCCUCGAACGAUAAAUGCACGAAGCUCGAUGCAUACGCGCAGGCUAUCGUCGCUGCACAAAAGGAUCUAGCUUACAAUCCCAUGCAAUAUGGUACAGUCUCAACUCUGUCGCUUGAGCUAUAUCUAUCGACGAUCUCGCAGAGUAUUGGCGGACGAGGUAGCUCUGCGCUCCGAGCACAAGAAGUUGUCUCCGGACUCUUCUCUGGGCCAUUGCCAAAAGACCAAUGGAAGAAAGAGGUCGAGUACUGGUUCACCAUAGGUCUCAGCAAAGUGCAGAAGUACUUUGUCGAUUAUGCUUCAGGCCCAAGCAACGUCUUCAACGGUACCCACAUAUCGAAGCCUUACGAUGCGCCAUCUCGCCAACUUUGCGAGAGCCAAAUCAUUAAAGCGCCACCGGGCUCUAACGCCACGUCCUUUAGUACCCUGGGUGUAGCCAUCAUUUUGACGGUUGGUGGACUGCUCAUUCUGACGCACAUGGUUCUGGAGUAUAUCGUUGCCAACGUUGUCCCUACUAAGAACUACAAGUUGAUACGAUGGGCCUUGGACGAUAAGCUACAACUCCAGCGUCUUGCCUUCGAAGGUGCAGGCGUGGGCUCAUGGAAUGCUGGACUCGGCACUGUUCCUACAACCAAACGCACGCAGACCUUUGGCAUGGAGAUUGGCGGAGACCAACGGCAUCCCACCAUGACCUUUACAGAUGACGACGAGGAAAAGGGGCCCGGCGCUGUCAUGCUUGAUGAUGCGGGGUCGAUUAGAUCUCACUCGUUCUCUACGUCGAAAGAAAGUGGAAGAACCUGGCCGACAGCAAGCAUGCAAAGGGUUGAGUCGGUCCAAAUACCGCCAAUUCGGUUGUUCGAGGACGAUAGGGAAGUGUGGCCGUUGGUGCGGGAUGCGAGAGAGAACCCCUAUAGUUAUAAUGUGGGUGCAGCCCGCUUCGAUUCUCGAUGA